CCUAAUUAAUAAUUAUCGUAUUUCCUCAUUAUCUAUUAUGUUUGUUUUUCACUUUCUACAAAGAUGAUGGAAUAAUUAAUUUAUUAAUUUUAAAUUUAUUUUUAUCUGGUGAUUGCUAAGUUGCUAAAAUAUGGCACUCCUUUAUUUGUCACUCAACUAAUGGCUUAAUGCACUAUCUAUUAUUCUACUCUGAAUGACACUCUUAGUAUUUUACUUCCUGACAUAAUUAAACUGUUAUAUUUGUGUAAACAAUUGAUUCUUUCUGAUUGGUUAGAACACUGCUGGUUCAAAAACUUCAUUGUCUUAGUCUGAAAAUUGUCAUAGAAAAUUCUAGAUUUUGAUAUUUUAGCUAUCACCUGCUCUCUCCUGGACUCAGGGCAAACUCAUCUUCUUCUAACUCAGUCUUUCUUCUGGGCAAGGAAUCUUAGAAUCUAAGUCCUUAGGUUUUUAUUUAGCAUAUUCCAUCAUCCAAGUGAAAUUCAUUCUCCUUUUAUGGUACAUCUGGCCUCUCCAAGUAGUUUGUUUUUCAGAAGAGAGGGUUGAUACAAUAGUCUAUGCACUCUAGAGUAAAACUUUAAUUUAGUAAAAACACAAUGUAUAUCUUACUAAGGAUUAAACUGUAGAUUCUUUAUCAAAUAAUGGGUUUUAAGAUAAUCUGUUUAAAACCAGAGAUCUUAUAGAACUAGGCUAUAAUUGAAGAAUUUCAUCAGGGAGCUUCUUUUUUCCAUAUAUUUUUAUUUAUUUCAUUAAAUGUUUCUCAGUUAUAUGCAAAAAUUUUUAACAUUCGUUUUAAUUUUUUUUAUUUCCAAAUUCUCUUCUUCUCUUUCUUUCCCCACCUCUUGGGAAGGCAAAUAAGAUAAUAUCCAUUUUACAUGUGAAGUCAUGCAAAAAAAAAUUUCUAUAUAAGCCAUGUUGCAAAAGAAAACAAAGAAAGAAAGAACAUUUUAAAAGUAUGCUUCAUUCUGCACUCAGAGUUCACCAAUUCUCUUUCUGGAAAUAGCAUUUUUCUUCACAGGUAGUUAGGAAGUCUUGGAUCAUUGUCUUGAUCAGAGUAGAUAAGUCUUUCCCCAUUGAUCAUUGUUACAAUAUUGCUGCUAAUGUGUACAAUGUUCUCCUGGUUUUCCUCAUAAAAAAAAAAGAGAGAGCAGAACAUGGAGGGUGCCAGUCUCAGAAUCAAUUAGAGAUGUAGGAGGAGAAAGAUGCCCCAUAUAUUUUUAUAAAUUUGGUUUGAUUUCCCCUGUAUUUGAGGAAUGAGCCCUUUAUCAAAGAAAUUUGCUGUAAAAAUUUCCCCCAAUUUUGACUGCAUUGGUUUUCCUUGUGCAAAACCUUUUUAAUUUCAUGUAACCACAUUUAAUUCAUGUUACUUCCUAUAAACCUCUCUAUCUCAUUUGGUCAUAAACUCUCCCCUUAUCCAUACAUCUGACAGGUAUGUUUUUCCAUGCUUUCCUAAUUUACUUAUGAUAUCACCUUUUAUAAAAACAGAGCUUCUUAAGUUCUACCCAUUUCUGUAAUCUUCCAAUUGUGCUUUGAAAUUAAUGAUAAUACCUGGUAAACAUAGUAUCCUUCCCUGGAGUUUCCUAAGGAUUCUAAUUUCAUAAUUCAGAUUCUGAAUGAUGAAUUUGUAGGAGUUUUAAAUGUUCGAUUCUUUUUAUGAUUAAUUCUUUCUCAAUACAAAUUCAAGCACAUCCCUGAAGAAACACUUCAGAAUCAUGAUUCUGCUUACUGUCCUGUUUCCAAAACAAUUCUCCUAACCCAAAACAUAGGAAUGAAAAUGGGUUGUCUAAAGGGUUUAAAUGGAGGUAAAUAGCUUUUCAACAAAUAAGGAAGUGUUGGGUGUCUUCUAGGGUUUUAAGGAAAGAAUCAUGAUCAUUAAAGCUAAACUGAAACAAAAAUGUCCUUUAAAGUGAACAGGAAUCAUUUGGUUUUUUUUUUUAGCCCUUAUUUUCCAUCUUAGUACCAACACUGUAUAUUGGGUCCAAGGCAGAAGAGCUGUAAGAGAUAGGGAAUGGGGGUUAAGUGAUUUGCCCAGGGUCACAAGCUUUUAUGUUCCUUUUAAAAAUAGUGUUGUUAAUGGCAGGUUUUAAAACCAGCAAUUCUUUCCACUGGAUUAUCAUUGGUGAGAAUGAUGUUCAUCAUAAUCAGUUAGACUCUCCCCCCCCCAUUAUUGUGCGAAUCUGAAGACAGAUUCUAAUCCAUCUGAACAUGAUUUUAAUGCGCCUUUUAAAACAAUUGUUAUAGAUAAUUUCAACUCAAAAGAUUUCUCAACAAAUUAAUAAAAUUAUAUCUGCAUUAUAAGAAAAUUGUAGCUCUUCAUGGUUUUUCAAAAAUUUUAUUUCACAUUACUAGCUGUCACGAAAGGAAACUAUACCCACCCAUGUCUUGUCUCUCUCUGUCUGUUUCUGUGUGUGUGUGUCUGUCUCUUCCCUCCCCCUUCCAAACUGUCUUUGAAGUCAUUACCGCACUGGCAUUGUAAAUGGGUAGACCAAUACGACAUUUCAUGUAUUUUCCUGUUCCUAAAAUUUGUAAAGUUGUCCGCCUUUGAAACAGCACUAGAUUUGUAAACCAUAAAAGUCAUAAUAUGACAACUUGCAGAGUAAUCCCUGCACAUACAAAACAAUGAAUUCAAACCCAUUGAACUUUUAUAAAUGGAGGCUCUCACGUGGAGAAAAAUUAUCAUGCUCUUGAGUUGCAAAGAUUGGUUUUAGGAAGCGAAAUAAUGUUGCAAUUUGGGAAUGAACCUCUGGGCGCCGCUGCUGGCCAGUACGGAAUUAGAGCUGAAACGCGAUUGUUCCUGCAGCUUCCUGAGAGUGAUUUCCUGUACCGUCAUAAGAUACAGCAGAGAGAAGAGCAGCACAGACUCAGUCGCGUUCGCUGCGCCAUAGACCCUUCCCUGAGAAAUACUCACUUCAGAGGAAUAUAGCUGGGGUCCAGACUCAUAUUUCUGAAGGAUUGUAGCAGUGAUAUAAACAGCUGUUUGGUAGGGCUGGAAAGACAGCGAAAAGGAAGCAAGAAUGGCCAGGAACUCGGCAGAGAGAAGGCAGCCCCCUAAGCUGCAAGUAUUCUGUGCCUUUUGGGCAUCUUUGUUCUUCCGGGCGCUUUCCGAGCACAUCACCUACUCCAUCCCUGAGGAGGUGGCGAAAGGAUCGGUGGUGGGGAAUCUCGCCAAGGAUCUAGAGCUGGAGGUCCGGGACUUGCCGGCUCGGAAGCUGCAGGUGAGUGCAGAGAGGGAAUACUUUAGCGUGAGCAAGAGCGGAGAAUUAUUGGUCAGCGACAGAAUAGACCGGGAGGAAAUAUGUAAGGAAAGACCAGUAUGUGAACUACAGUUGGAAGCUGUGGUUGAAAAUCCCUUAAAUAUUUUUCACGUAACUGUGGCGAUUGAGGAUAUUAAUGAUCAUGCUCCACAAUUCAGUCAGAAUGAAAUAAAUUUAGAAAUUAUUGAGUCCACUUUGCCAGGUGCGAGAUGGAUUCUUGAAUCAGCCAAUGAUCCCGAUAUAACCAUCUAUUCACUCAACAAUUACUAUUUAAGUAUUGACCAGUAUUUCUCAUUGGUGGAAAGAGAAAAUCCCGAUGGUGGAAAAUACCCAGAAUUAGUAUUGGAGAAACCUCUCGAUCGAGAAAUGCAAAGUUCUCAUUAUUUGGUCCUAACAGCUAUAGAUGGGGGAGAUCCUCCUCGCAGUGGCACCACUCAAAUCAAGAUAAAUGUUACCGAUGCUAAUGAUAAUCCCCCAGUCUUCAGUCUGGGCCUCUAUAGAGUUAAUAUACGGGAGAAUUUACCCCCGGGCUCCUCCAUACUUUGCCUGACUGCCACUGAUAAAGAUGAAGGAGUAAAUGCGGAAAUCACUUUCUCCUUUACCAGCAUCACUCAGAAUGCCAGACAGAUGUUCUCCCUGGAUCCAAGCACAGGUGAAAUCAGAACCAAAGGUUCCCUGGAUUUUGAGGACACACAAAAAUUUACAAUGAAUAUAGAGGCUAAGGAUGGAGGAGGUCUUUCUACACAGUGUAAAGUUGUCAUAGACAUACAAGACGAGAAUGACAACGUACCUGAAAUAAUAUUAACAUCUCUAGUCAGUUCUGUUCUGGAAGACUCCGAACCUGGCACAGUGAUUGCCCUCUUCAAAACCCGUGACAUAGAUUCUGGGAGCAAUGGAGAAAUAUCAUGUUAUGUGCAAUCAAAUUCCAUCCCUUUCAGAAUAGAGUCCUCUUCCAAGAAUUACUACAAGCUAUUGACAGACGGGGCCCUGGAUCGUGAGCAGACGCCAGAGUAUAAUAUCACAUUGACUGCCACAGACAAGGGAAACCCUCCUUUGUACACCAGUAAAACCCUCACUUUACAUAUCGCUGACAUCAAUGACAAUGCUCCCAUUUUCCUCCAACCAUACUACGUUGCUUACAUUCCUGAGAACAACCCCUCUGGGGCGUCAGUCACCCGGGUCUCAGCUUAUGACCCGGAUCUGGACGAGAAUGGCCGAGUGUCUUACUUCAUCAUCAGUAGUGACCUGGACUCGCUUCCACUGUCCUCCUACGUGUCAGUCAAUAGUCAUAGUGGAGACAUCUUUGCCCAGUGCUCCUUGGAUUAUGAACAAGUCCGAACUUUCAAGAUGACUCUACAGGCCCGGGAUUCUGGAUCCCCCUCCUUCUGUGCCAAUGUGUCGGUUCAAGUGUUCAUCAUGGACCGCAACGACAACGCCCCGAACAUCCUGUACCCGGCCCUGGGGCCUGACAGAUCGGCCCUCUUCGACAUGGUUCCUCGCUCGGCAGAGCCAGGAUACUUGGUCAGCAAAGUGGUGGCAGUGGAUGCAGACUCUGGACACAACGCCUGGUUGGCCUACCGCGUGCUGCAGGCCACGGAUCCAGGGCUCUUCAGCCUGGGGCUGCGCACAGGCGAGAUCAGGACUGCGAGGGCUUUGACUGAUCGAGAUGCAGCCCGGCACCGCCUUCUGGUCUCAGUGCAGGAUGGAGGCCAGCCCCCUCUGUCGGCCACUGUGGCUCUGCAUCUAGUCUUUGCAGACAGUCUGCAGGAGGCGUUGCCUGAGAUGAAGGAGGAGCGUUCAUCCACUUCAGAAUUCCAAUCUGAGAUACAAUUUUAUUUGGUAAUAGCUUUGGCACUAAUCUCGUUUCUGUUUCUCAUCACAGUGACAUUGGCCAUUACCCUGCGCCUUCGGAGAUCCUCCAGUCCUAAAGGAUGGGGCUGUUCCCAAGUUGCUCUUUGCUCUAAGUCUAGGCCCAAAGUCCCCCCAAACUACAGUGCAGGAACUUUGCCUUAUUCCUACAAUUUGUGUGUGUCCUCACACCAAGGAAAUACAGAAUUUGAUUAUUUGAAAUCAAUUGAUCAGUGUCCUCCAGUUCUUGAUGUUUUCAACACAGAUGUCUCUUCCAUGCUAACCAAGAGUAAUUUAAAUGAUGACAUCAGUUCUCAGAGGAAUACCCUUGCGCAGGUGGGUUCUUGACUUUAUAAUAUUUAUUGUAUGAAAUCUCAUCAGUGCCCUCUCAAGUUAUACUUAUAACUUCAUCACUCUUUACCGCUAAGAUUUCUGUGGUUUUAGUUGUCUAAUAAAUUCUGUACUAACAAGAUAAUAAUUCCAAAACCUCAAUAAGGUCAUAUAAAUAUGAGGUAAUGUAGAUAAAUGACUUUUUAUGUGAUCCUGUAGGACAAAUAGUGGUUACUACCUGUUCCCCACCCCUUUUCCUCCUGCAUCUUAACAAAUGUGUGCAAAUGGUAUUUCCAAUGUUAUUUUUCUAAAGUAUAUCCAUCUUCAGUAGUAGGUCUAAAGAUCAUUUGGUUACCGUCCUAUCAUGUCUCUGCUCAUAAGUAUUAUCUUUGUAUUUUUAAUUCUUCUGCUUGUGGAUAUUUUGUAUUAGUCUUAAGAUGAAAAAUCAUAACAUUUCUGAAACUAAGAGACCUGUAGCCACAUUUUGAAUCAAUUGAUUCAAUUUUAAGAAAAGAAAUAUUAACACUCAGCAUUAUUUCUUUUCUUAAGUUGUGGGAGGGGCUUGAUUUUCAGAUAUCAGAUAUGUCAAUGGGGAAAAUAUAUAUGAAAAGAGACGAAAUUAUUUUAAGUUCCCAGCAGUGAAAUCUCAAGAUCCCGUGUUUAUUUUGAAUGAAAGAAACCUAUGGUGGAAUUAUAAAUCCUGAGAUAAGAUUCACAUAGGAAUAAGUGGAAUAUAGGUUGUGAUCAUUUAAGAUAUAGGGAUUGUGAUCAUUGUCAGAGAGAAACAUCAGAGAACACCUGAAUAAGACCUAUAAAUGCUUAUCAAAGCACACAAGGGAACUUUAUAGAACCUUCAUCUGCAAGAAAUCUAUCCAGUUUUCCUAAAGGGUGCAGUAAUUGGUUAGGACUCUGAGCGCCGCUGUUCACCAAUCAGGAAGAAAAAUGUUGUGAGCGAGAUCCUGCCGGAACUUGGUCACGCCUACAGAGGAAAACGCUGGCUCGUUUGAUACGCAAGCUAGGGGUUAUUCCCAAUUUAACGGAGAAACUCUCUGAACCUGCGAUUUGGCCUGCGAAUGAGAAUAGCCUAGAGUACAAAGAAACUUAGACAAACCUAGCCUAGUUACUUGGGAACCUACAAUUUCGCUGUAGGACGACAAUGGCCCAAACUGUUCAGAGGCGCAGGGAUUGUUGGUGCGGAAUCUUCCUUUGUUUUCUUUUGGUGCUGCUGAGGGAGACCCGAGCCGAGCAGAUUCGGUACUCCGUGCAGGAGGAAAUGCAAAAAGGUUCUUUUGUAGGAGAUGUGGCCAAGGACCUGGGGCUGGAUCCUCGGGCGCUUUCCGAGAGUGGAGCCCGCACCAUCUCCAAAGGUAAGAAACAUUUUUCUCUAAAUGUCAGAAGCGGCAGCUUAGUGACCGCGGACAGAAUAGAUAGGGAGGAACUUUGCCCCGGGACCCUAAAGUGCCUUUUAAAUGUCGAGAUUCUAAUGGAUGACAAAGUAAACAUUUAUGGAGUCGAAGUAGAAGUGAUGGACAUAAAUGACCAUGCUCCCCGCUUCCGGGUUGACGAAGUGGAAAUAAAAAUCAGCGAGAAUGCAGCAGUGGGAACAAGUUUUCCACUUCCAAAUGCCAGGGAUCCAGAUUUGGGAAUUAAUUCCCUCCAGAACUACCAACUGAGCCCAAACCAUCACUUCUCUCUGCACGUGCAAAACAGAGCCGAUGGGGCCAAGAAUCCGGAGUUGGUGCUGGAGCGGGUCCUAGACCGGGAAAAGGAAAAUGUCCACUACCUCACCCUCACAGCCUGGGAUGGAGGAGAUCCUAUCCGAUCAGGAACAGCCCGAGUUCGCGUGACAGUUCUUGAUAUAAACGACAACCCGCCAGUUUUCUCUCAGUCGGAAUACAGUGUGAGUGUUCCUGAGAACGUGCCCAAAGGGACACUGCUGCUCACAGUCAACGCCAGCGAUCCAGAUGAGGGAGUUAAUGGGGAAGUGACAUAUUCAAUAAGGUACUCCGAAGACGAAGCUUCAGAGAUUUUCCAUUUGGAUUCUUGCACCGCGCAGCUCUUUAUUCAAGAAACCCUAGAUUUUGAGGAGUCUGCAGUCUAUGAAAUGGAAAUUCAAGGUCAGGACGGUGGUGGUCUCUUAGCCAGAACAAAAAUAAAGGUUACAGUUCUGGAUGUGAAUGAUAACACCCCAGAAGUCAUUGUCGCUUCUUUAACCAGCUCAAUCCCAGAACAUUCGCCUAGUGGAACCGUGAUUGCCCUUUUAAAUGUGCAUGAUCGAGACUCUGGGGACAACGGUCAAGUCCUAUGCUCCAUCCCUGAACAUCUACCCUUUAAAUUAGAAAAAUCUUAUGCAAAUUAUUAUCGUCUGAUGACAGUCAGAGACCUAGAUCGGGAGCAGGUCUCUGAGUACAAUGUCACAGUGACAGCCACCGAUGGAGGGACUCCACCUUUAACGACAAGUACCCAGAUUUCCCUGCACGUGGCAGACAGCAAUGACAACCCGCCCAACUUCCGCCAAGCAUCCUACUCGGCCUACGUCCCUGAAAACAACCCUAGAGCUGCUUCCAUUUAUUCAAUGACAGCUAGUGAUCUGGACAGUGGAGAAAAUGCCCACAUCACUUACUCUAUUGAGGAAGAGACUAUCCAUGGUACUCCUCUCUCUUCCUAUGUCUCCAUUAACUCUGAGACAGGUGUCCUCUAUGCUCUGCGCUCCUUCGAUUAUGAACAGUUCCGGGACAUGCAGCUCCGAGUGAUUGCCCGGGACUCUGGGAAUCCUCCUCUAAGUAGCAAUGUGUCUCUGACUCUGUUUAUCCUGGAUCAGAACGACAAUGCCCCAGAAAUCCUGUACCCCACCCUCCCCACUGAUGGCUCCACAGGAGUGGAGUUGGCUCCUCGUUCUGCAGAGCCAGGCUACCUAGUGACCAAGGUGGUGGCGGUGGAUGGAGACUCUGGCAAGAACGCCUGGCUAUCCUAUCGCUUGCUGAAGGCGACAGAGCCUGGGCUCUUCUCAGUGGGUCUGCAUACAGGUGAGAUAAGGACAACUCGAGCCUUCCAUGACAAAGACUCCCUCAAGCAGAGUCUAGUGGUGGCAGUCACUGACAAUGGGGAACCCCGUUUAUCUGCCACAGUCAGUGUAACAGUGGCUGUAGCUGACAACAUCCCGGAGAUCCUCUCAGACCUUAGCAGCCUGAAGGACCCUGAGGACCAACAGGACUCAAGCCUCACACUCUACUUGGUCAUUUCUGUGGCUGCUGUAUCCUGCCUUUUCUUUGUAUUCAUUAUAGUCUUAUUGGCACUCAGGCUUCACAAGUGGAGGAUUUCCAAAGUGUUGGAAUCAUGCAAUGGACAUUUUGCAGGAGUCCCUGCUUCACAAUUUGGGGGCAUUGAUGGAGUUAGAACCUACCUUAAGACUUAUUCCCAUGAGGUUUCUCUCACCAUGGACUCUCAAAAGAGUCAGAUGCUCUUUCCUCAGCCCAACUAUGCAGAUACUUUAAUUAGUCAAGAGAGUUGUGAGAAAAGAGACUCUCUGCUAGUACCGAAUUGUAUGCCUGGUACAGUUUUAGUACAUAAUGAUCAAAUCUGUGUCCAGGUGAGUUUCUGUUCUUUUUUUUUCCCUUCCUUCCUUUCUCUUUUUUCCUCCUUGAUUAAGUAGUCUGGUAAUAUGCAAAGGUAAUUUUUUUUUCAUUAAUAUGCCUGUCAAUAUUUUAAAGUGUUCAUUGGAACCAUAUACUUUUAUUACCUAGUGCCUCAAUUUAAGGGUAGUUGGAUAGUUUUUUUUUCACUUAUUUUUCUUUACUUGUAACUAAACCUUUGAAUCUCUAGAAAAUACAUGUAGCAAUAUACUGUUUUUUCAUUCCUGAUAUAAUUUUAUCUUGAUUGGCUAUAACCUUAUAACCUAUUUCCAACUGAACAUCAUCAACAGACUUUUUAAAAAUUAUGUACUUCUUAGCAUGCCCAAAAUGGACAAGAAUAUGUGCUGGCAAUUGAACAAAUUAUUCAUCUCUUAUAUUAUAUACUUUAUCACUCUGGAUAGUGUAUCUUUCUGACCAAUAUAAUGAAUAUUUAACACAACACAUAAAUAAGAUUGUAUAGUCUGACUGGAAUCAAUAGACGUUCUUGUGCAAAAUAAUUUUCUUUCUGUCUCAAAGCUUUUGUCUGCAUCAUUAAGAACAAUUAAAUUGACUGGCAAUUAAUUACUUGACUUUUCCAUUAUAUUGACUCUGGGAAUGGAUGAUGAGGGGUGUUGUAUAGACUGUCAGAGUGUUCUAAGUUUCUGCGUUUCAUUUCAAUAAUACGAAGUCAAGAACUUGAAUAUAGUAUCUCAGUUGACUUCUAUUGAUUCUUUUCUUAUGUUUAUAAAUAGUCUUGGUAUUUUGUGUAUUUGUUGUUGAAAUACUAACAUCAUAUGGAAUGUUUUCCGGAAUGCAAUUUGAAGUUUUAGCCCCUCAUAAAUGGCAAUUAAUAACCAGUGGAUAGAGGAAGAUGUGGUUUCAAGUUCUAUCUCUGACACACAUGGACUGACCAAUUUUGGCCAAGUCAUCUAACUUUUCAGUGUUCUAGGCAGCUCUAUAAGACACUUAAGUUGCAGAGGAGGUUCCAGCCUAGUAUUGGUAGGAUGAGCUUCCUCAAUUUGGAAAUUCUCUAUAUCAAUGACAUCACAGGUCUGGUUUAACCUUAAUAAUCGUUAAACACUUCAAACUGACUUAGAUAUUGCUUACAGGAAUUCUUUAUUGUAGAAAUCAUGUGAUGGCUCCAUAUUGCUCCAGGGAAAUUUUUUUUGAACAAUUAAAUGAAAUCUGUUAUUAAUUGGGUUUUCAGCUUAUAUAGUCAUUUGUUCCUACUAUUUCUCACUCCUAAGGCUGUUUCUGACAUCCCUACUGAGAAAAUCUAAUUCUUUUCAGAUCAAAGGAAUAAUCUAUAUAGAAUCUUAUAUAAUAUAUAUAAUAAAUAGAACAUAUUUAGAAAAUUUUAAUCAUUUAUUUUGUCCAAUUUUACCCAAUCUAUGUCUAUAUUUUCCCAGAGAUUUUCUUCAGAGAUUCAGUGUAAUAGAGGGCUUUCUCUAAGUGUUUUGUUGUUGUUGUUGUUUUAAUUUUCUGCAUACCAGUUUGUCCCUCAGAUUGUUCAUCUCUUAGCUCUCACUCUCAUUAUAUAUCCAACUAUACAUUUUCUGAAUGGUAUCCCUUAUGCCACAUUUUUUAAAAGAAUCCAUCUUUCCUCUUUUUUUGUUUUUAUUUUUUAUUGUCAUGGAAAAUAUUUCCAUAUUGGUCAUUGUUGUAAGAAUAAAGUCACACAUAACCCAAACCCCAAAAUAAAACCAAAAAUACACUGAUGUGAAAGACGACUCCAACAGUUCUUUCUCUGGAGUUGGAUAGUAUUCCCACUCUUAAGUCUUUCAGGAUUGUCAUUGCACUGCUGAAAGCAACUGAAUUUUCAGAUAAUCAUCAUCCAGUAUUGCUGUUAUUAUGUACAAUGUUCUCCCAGUUCUGCUUAUUUUGCUCUGCAUUAAUUCCCAUAGAUCUUUCCAGCUCUUUCUGAAAUCAUUUUGCUUAUAAUUUCUUAUAGCACAAUAGUAUUCCAUUGCCAACAUGUACCACAAUUUGUUCAGGCAUUCUCUAAUUGAUGGACAUGCCAUUAAUUUCCAAUUAUUUGCCACCACAAAUAGAGUAGCUAUAAAUAUUUUUGUACAAGUGGAUUCUUUCCCCUUUUUUAUUAUCUCUUUAGGAUACAGACCCUGCUUUACACCACAUUUUGCAUAUUGGAAAUGAAGUAAAUGUUGCUUUUGUCAACUCACAACCAUCAAACCUCUCUUCAUUUGCCUUUGGGUUAUCCACCAUUUAGAUUUUUCCUCCCAGAGCAUAUGAUGUUCUAAGAUUCUAAGAUAUUAGAGUUGGGUUUUUUUUGGGGGGGGGGGUACUAGAGUGUACUAAGUGUACUAGAGUAUGGCUAGAUUAUUAAAAGGACUUCUUGAUUUCCUAAAUGCAAUUCAACUUUCUCUCUUCCAACUCAUUGUGCCUCUGGAGUGGAUGAUAAUGAUGUUCUGUCUCAAGGACCAUCCAACUGUUUAUCAUAAUCUGGGGGAGGGGUAGGUAGGCAUUUUCUACCCAUUUGUUUCUGUAUUGUUAAACCAAUCUCUUUGUAGUAAUCAUAGAUUUUCAUCAAGGAUGCUCUCUGGUGUCCUGGUGCUUGAUGUAACCUACACAAUAUCAUUUACAAAUAGGGAUAUCUAUAGAGAAUCUGUCUUCCUCUUGAACUUUAUGCAAGAUGUCUUCCAUGAUCAUGCAAACACCUUUAUUAAGUAUAUUUCUUCUUGUAGUAUGUGUCUGUUGGUACUUAUAUUCAAAAUAUCUUUUUAAACACAUACUUUAUACAAUGAUUACUUUUAUCAAGAAACUUUAGCAUGCAUGUGAAAUAUACCUCGUUGAAAGAGAAAUUUAAAUAUUGAAUUGUUUUGCUCUUGGUUUAUAAGAACAAAAUUUACACACAUAGACACAAUGAGAUCUUGUAUUCUGUGAACCAUUAAUUUAUUUAUGUGCUUGUUAAAAUAUGCUCUGAUACAGAUAAUAUUGUGAUCCUCCCUUUUCACAUAUCAUGUUUCCAUCAUGGAGACCUUUCCUACAUGUAUAAAUCAUAUUCAUAAAGAUUUUAUGAACAUAGGAAAGUAAAAAAUAUGGAUUAGUGAUUAUUGUUAUUCAGAGAUUUUUUCCAGUUCUUUUUUAUAUCUUUCCUUCUCUGAGAUAUCUUGUAAAAUGAUAACUUCCCCAAAUUGUUCAGGAUUUUGUCAUUUCCUCUACAAAAAAGUUAUAAAAAUGAUGAAAAAUCUAGGCCAUUUUCUUCCUCUCCAUGGUCACUUCAUCUAUGAAAGUCCUUGAAGUGAUGUAGUUUAGAUGGAAUCCAAGCCAAAUUUUGAUAGAUUCAUUUUCAUCUUCACUAAUUUUAAUUAUAUGGCAUCUUCUCUUAACCUCCUCCAAUGCAUUUCCUAGACUCUAAUCAUUGUUCAUCUUUGCUUUCCUCUCCAUUGAGCUUUACAAUUCAAUUUAUAUUUUAAAUUCUUGUUGCCCUUUGAGAUGAUGGCUCUUUAUUUGACAAAGAGAUCAAGUGGGUCCUGGCUAAUGUAGUUCUGGUAUUCUUUUGGACUAUGAUGGAGACUAUUCCAUAUCAAUUGCAUUUUGCAGAAGAAAGUAAUGAUUUCUUUGUUUCUUUUCUUAUUUCCAUAGAAGGUGGGGUCCAUAAAUUGAUAGUUGUAAUAUGUUGAGUUGAAGUUGUUAGAAUUGUUAGUCAUUUUCACAUCAUUAUGCUUUCUUUUAAUAUAAUGUUGGUUUUUGUUUUCAAUAACUAGUCAGUGAUUUGAUUGCACAUAGAUAUUUCUGUAAUACAUUUGUAAACUUUUUAUUUACCUUCUGUAAAUAUAUAGUCAAUUUCAUUUUUAAUGUUAAUCAGUGUUUAACAUUUUCAGUGUCUUCUUUCUCUCUUUCUGAAGAAAAUAUUAAUGAUUCAUGGGAAUAAGACUUCUCAAUGGCCUUCGAGCCUUUGAUCUUUCAUUUUAUUAACAUAAAUUGAAUUUUCAGACACAUUUCUACCAUCCUUUCCACUGACCACCAUUGUAUUAAAUUCCUCGAAUGUGAAAAUAUACAUUGGUCUAUAGUAGAGGAACUGGAAAGUCUUCAUAGAACUUCUCUGAGUCUUCAUUCUUGGGAACAGAUGUUGGUACUUAAACUAUAAUUAUCUUCAUGGUGUCUUUUUUGUUUAUGUUUAUCAGGAACACUAUGAGAGGAUUAGAAAAAUUAUGUUUCUGACUUUCUUUGGACUCAAGAAGAAACCUACUUUUCAAACUCUUUUAUUUGCUUUUCCAAGAGGUCACAACUUAAUUUUUUUCCAUUUAAUUGCAACUUAAUGUGAGGUUUUGGUUCAAUUUAUAGCGAGAUUAUCAAUGGUUUGGUUCAGUUUUUAUAGUAAACUCUUUGGUCAGUGGACAAAGAGUCCACAUUUAAAGUAUUAACAAUCAAGUUAGUGGUCAUGAAUAACACAAAAGCUAUAAUUUUUCACAUUCUCUGUCCCUAUUUCUACCACUUCAUUACAAGUACUGUAAAGACAGAAAGAAGCUUGAAAUCUCUAUGUGGUUUUAAAAAAUCUAACUGGGGUCUAGGAAGCCAUAAUGAAGAAAAGUAUAUAAUUAUCUAGUGCAUUCAAAAAUUGAGCCAAUCCCAAUGAAUAAACAUUUAAAUCAAUAUCAUCUUCUGUUCUGGUUCUACUCUUUCUGUUGAUGAGUUACAGGUUAGAAUUCCUUCCCUCAGAAGGAAGAAGGGAGACAAUUUGGUCUAUAUAACUUGGGAAAACUCAUGUGGAAAUUUAUUAAAAUUAAAAAAAUUUAAUCACAUGACAAAUAAAAAAGAAUUCCUUCCCUUAAUCCUGAAAUUGCUUCACCUUACAUUUUACUUCACUUGCUUUAGACUUAGAUAAAAGUCAAUAAAGAAAAGAAAUGAAUCCUAUAUUAAAGAGAAGUAUAAAUAAAACUAAAAGAAAUCACUAAGCAGGAUGUGUAGCAAUGUGGAGUUGAAGACAACACCAAUAAAAAGAGAAAA